AUGAAAACUAAACAGGUUAAAGAGGAGCCAGAAAAGAGCCCCGAUGAUGAAAGUAUAGUGGAACCCAAGACUCGUGCCAGAAAAAAGGCCUCAGAUCUCAACGAAGAGGACAAGACCAAGCUUUCCCAAGAUGACCCCAAAACGUCCAAAGAGCCCAAGAAGAAUGCACCCAAGCCUAAAACAGUAGUUAAGAAAAGACCUCUAGGUAUUAAAAAAACAAAAAUUUUGAGAGCCAAAAAAGUUGUAGGUGCAAAGAAAAAGGUUCUAAGACAAACAGUCACCCGAACCAGAAAAGCUAAAACAGAAGUUGACAAUUCUCAAGAAAAGGAUACCGUCCCACUUAUACCUGCCACUGAAAUAAAAAAGGAGCCUCUUGAUGAAUUGACUCCAAAUUCCAGGUCUUCAAGUCCUAAAACAGCAGGCAGGAGAGUGAGACUUAGCUCUGAUAUGGUCAUGAUGAAGUCUGUCUUAGGCGAUUCUUCAAGCAGCUUAGUCCUGGGCCCACGUACAAGCCCAUACUCUAUGCGCUCUGAAAGAAGCAAUAGUCCAUCACUCUUUGAAGGGAAGAACUUAAGGAGUGGGAAACCUAGAAAAGUUAAAAAUAACCUCUUAAAUGAAGUUGUUAUGAAAGAGCAAAAGAAGAGACGGAGAUUACUGUCUGACCCUAAACCAGCUGAUACUCCUGAUACUUCUGAAGAGAAUAAGAAGUUAAAGAGGGGCAGGUCUCGUUCAAGGGAUGGCAGUGAGAUAUCCAAAUGCUCAGAUAUAACUGAAUCAGAUGUAAGCCUUAGCGAAACACUCAAUGAAAGUGAGCUCAGCAAAAACUUAGAAAAAACUAAGACUGAACUAGAUAUAGAUUUUGAAAAUAGUGUACAGAUCUCUCCUAUUGGAAAAGUGCCUUCUCUUAGUGUUGAAUCAAAGUUAACAGAAACAAAAGCAGAUUCAGAGCCUAGUUCUAUUUUAAAAGAAAAAGAUAAGAAAAAAUUGAGCUUAAAAAGGAGUACUUCUUUGGACUCCGACAACAAUAACAGUAAUAGGAUUAAGUUAGAAAACAUUAAUGUAUCAGACCUAGAAGACAAAUAUUUGUUGAAGACUGAAACUGAAGCGCUUUUUCAAGAACGUAGUAAUAUAUUGAAUAGUAUGUCUAAAACAUUUAACUCAAAGGAGGUAUCUAAGAAUAUAAGAAAAGCUAGAAGGGGGAAGAAAGCAGCAACAACAUCAAGACCUAUUACUAACCAAUCCAAGAAUGGUAUCAGUAGUACAAUAACAAAUGAGUUAGCUGAAGACAAAAUUGAAACUGUUGAUACAUUAUCAAAGGAAAUUAGUGAUCUCAUCAAUGACCUGGACCAGAAUAUAGAUCGAGACCAAGAAAUAGUAAAUGAAACAAAUAACACAAGUACUGAUCAACUACAAACGAAAUCAGCACGUCAGUUCUACGGACUCUCAAAGCCACUAGGGGAUAAUAACAGCAUUAUUACACCUGAAACACCAGUUAAAGACAAGGACGCGAUUUCUGAAAUCAACAAUGAAUGCACACCAUCAAAGAACGAUGACAGUGAGAAUAUUCGCCUUCAUUAUUCAGACGAAAAGUGCACUGAAAAUAGACAAGAAAUCGCCUAUAAGCCUACAAGUACAGUAGCAAGCAUAGAUAAACUAAUGGACAGACUGAAAGAGUUCGAAGAAUUCGACAAAAAAAGGCAAAGACAAGAAUCUGAGUCUAAAUCAAAUGACAGCAAAUCUGUGAUGGUAUCAAAUGAUGUUGUCCUAAUACCUAAAUCUGGAGCAGACAUUAAGCCUUUAAAGGUAUUACAACCAGUUCGAUCACCAGAGAAAUUGAUAGAGAAAGAGAAUGUAUUGAGUUGCUUUGAAAACAACUCUGCUAUUUCAAUAGUCAAGAGAGAUCAAGUCCGAAGAUCGCUAGAUGUAGAUCUUCCAAAUUCAGUGACAUUAAUAAAAAGAAACAGCGUUAGUGCGAGAAAGGAGUCGACCAGUUCAACUCAUUCAAGAGAAUCAGAUGCUAUUAGCAUAUUUGAGAAAUCACUGGGCAAAGACGUGACGUUGACUGAAAUAAGGAAAUCUGUAGAGAAGGCGGCACCUGCACAACAUAUAGACCUACACCAGUUCGCAACUUUACAUCCAAACAAUUCGAGCCAAGCUUUAGUCAGCGUUUUAGAUUCGAGUCAAAUAUCGAUAACGCCACGAACAAUAGAAUCGAAACUAAAUAGUGAAGUACAAAUCACUAAAAGGAAGUUCAGCUUGUCGUUGUCAAGAAAAUCUUCUGAAUCUGGUAUAGAGGUUGAAGAAAAAAUGGCGACUAUAGAAAAAAUUAAAUCACCCCCACCUCAAAUAAAAUCACCUAUUUCGAUAACUCCUACUCCGGUAGCAGUGAAGUCUCCAGAAGCUACGCAACACAUAGAAGCUGAAGCUCUCGCUCCACCGUUAGAGAGUGUAAAGGCCAUUCCUGAAGACAUAUCUUUGACCUCUGAGGUCCCAAAACUAGAUAGCGUUGUAGAUGAUUCUGCGAAAACAGAAACCGUCGUUGAUACCAAAUCUGAGGUUAUAUCAGAUGAAAAGGAAAGCAUAGAGGUAGUACCUGAAAAGGAACCAGAGCAGAAAACUGAGAAGGAAGAACCAGAACCUGUUGAAACCAAGACAGAAGAGAGUAAAGAGGAACCAAUAGUAACCAAACCUGAAGAACCAAAAGCUAAUAAGAGUUCCAAGGUAAAAUCGGCACGAAAUUCCACUGAAAACCUGCCGGGACCAAGUAAUGUUUUGCAUGAAACACCAGAAAGUCAAAAACGUAAAGAAAACGUUCUCAGAACGCUAGGCUUAUUAACACAUAAGGCAGCAAAUGAGGCUAAAAUAGAGAAAUUGAAGGAAAAAGAACGUAUUUAUGGUAAUUAUUACAAUGUGAUGGGGAAAGGUAAAGCCGGAAAAUCUGACUAUACGGGCACUUUGAAAACUGUGAUCAAAUUGAACCGAGGAGUAGGAGAAAGGGAUAAGAAGAAGUAUAGGAGCUCUCUGAAGAUGACAUUCCAGAAGAGUAAAGGGAGAUCUGGAAGACCACAGCUGGAAAUUGGUGAUACAGGUGCAGAAGAUGAGUUCUACACUAUUGGGGGACGAGAGGGUGGUGCACAGGCAGCAUCAGAGGGUGGGCACAGAAAGUCACAUUACAGUAAUCGCCUUAACAACCAUGAUGGGGAAGUACCUCCAGAGCCUGAACCAAAGGAGACCCUUAACUUGGUGAUCCCGGAGAAGGCAUCUUCCUUCAGCAUCCAUCCUGGAAGGCUGUGUAUGGACCAGUGCUUCUAUUGUGGGGGCAAGUUUGGACUUUUCGACACUCCCUGUCACAUCGCUCAGAUGAAGAGUAGUGAGCGACAGAAGAAAGUUUUGGAUAACGAAGAGAAGCUAACAAUAGACAGCUGUCUGUGCGACGCGUGCUACCGGCACGUGGACCGGCGCGCCAACUGCCCCUCGUACCGCAAGCGGCCGCCGCCCGCCCCCAAGGCGCUGGACGCCCCACAGCCGCCCUCACCGCCCACGGACAAUGCUAGCGUGAUGUCCAGGUGCCCCGACAAGCCCCUGUCGCCGCCGGCGGAGGAGGAGAGCGAGGAGGAGCGCGCGCGCUCGCGGCCCGCCAGCUGCCACACGGCGGGCUGCGCGGCGCCCGCCGACCACGCCAUACGCCGCAAGUGGCUCAUCAAGAUGAGGGCCGGGGUUAACAAGUUGCUGAGCCUGAAGUCGGACUACCCGGGGCUGCACACGAUCCCGCUGUGCGCGGCGCACUACCGCGCGCUGGCGCCGCUCAUGGCGUGCGUGCUGUGCCGCCGUCGCCUCACCAAGCACCACAACCUGCACUUCAUACACAAUGAUUACACAGACUUCAACCCGCUGUUCAAGCAAGCGGGCAUACCGGUGGAGUUCAACGAGCGACCAGUUCUCUGCAAAGUAUGCAGAUACUUCUGCACUCUGCUACAGCGGCCAGGACACAACGAUAAGCAUGCUGAGGCUUAUACUCGCAAACUCCUUCAAAUAUACAAAGUGGAAAUACCACCAGAGCUGAACCAAGGGACGGAUGAUUCGAAAGUUCUAGAAGACUGCAACACAAGUGCUAACAAGCAAAAGAAGAAAGCUCGCACUAAAUCUAAACAGAGGAAAUCUACUGAACCUGAAAAAGACAGUGAAUCAUCAGAAAGAACUACCGAAAGCUCACCAGAGAAGGAAAAGAAAGAGGAAGAAGUUAAUACAGAAGAAAUUAAGCAACACAUAGAAGAAGAUAUCGAAAGUCUAAUAUCGUCGAAUAAAAUAUUAGUACCGAAUGCUAAGCCAAAUGAGAGCAAUCCCCAGAGUGAUGCAUCAGAGACGGAUAUGAUGUGUGACUUAGAAACUCCGUUAUUGCCUCUCGACAAACAAACAGAACUGCGAUAUCUACUGCAAAAACAAAACAAUCCAGCCCAAUUCCAAAAAACAAACUUAACACAAAAGCAAAGAAACAUUCUCAAAGUUCACAACCUCGGUAUAACAAAACCAGGACACCAGCAAAGGGUUAACGACAAAAAUUCAAAAAGAUUGCACAAGAUAGGUCAAAUAUUAUCACAUAAGGAGAAACCUAAGAAGGACGAGUUUGAAUUUGAAACAGAAAAGCCUAGAGAGAUAAUGAUACUCAAAAAUAUACCGUUAAAUGACGAAUGUACAAUAGAAACUAUACCUAAUAAGAAAUCAGCGGAUAUAAAUACUUUAAAGAAUAAAUGGCAACAGUCUGAGAGUUUCUCUCAAGUAAGGAAAAAUCUGAGCGAGCUAUCGAAGAAGCUUACAAUUGAAAAGGAUCCAAAGAAGUUAUCUGAUUUAAAAUACUCGAACCCAGUCAAGAGAUUAGAAACAAACCCAUCUAUAUCUGUAAGAGAAUUGUUCCCGGGUGAAGAAGAAAUGAAUUUGCAAUGCAAUAUUGAGUUCAAUAAUGUUAAAGGAGUUACUCCCGAAGGAUGGGAAAAGUGUAACACGACUAUACAAUAUGAUCUAGAAACUAAAAAGCUUUGGACUGAGCUACAAAGACCAUACGGCAACCAAUCAAGUUUUCUAAGGCAUUUAAUUUUACUAGAAAAGUAUUUUAGAAGCGGAGACCUAAUUUUGGCCCACAAUGCAUCUCCUCAUGCGGCCAAUUACAGUACAUCAGUGCAAAGUAGAUUACGUGCGUACGAUAAUGUGUUGCCUGAACAGCGUCGUGAGGCGGUCAGCUUGAUAGAGUUUCGUAAAAAACCAUCUAUCAAUGGGAAAAGUUUGCUCAAAUCCAACCAAAAUGAGGAUAAGGAUCCCAAAAAGUUCAUGCCGCCCCCUGUACUUCCGAAGCCUAAAGCAAAACCGGAGAAAAAGACUAAAGCGUUACCACCAGAAUUAAUAGCAAUAAAUACUCCUAACGCCCAAGGAAGGAAAGCCAUACAAAAUGUACUACACAAUAUACAACAACUAGUGAAGGGUGUGUCUGCAUCCGAUCCGACAGAAGUGGCAGUUGCUCCUUUACCACCCAAGUUUGAUUCGAAAGAGAAAAAAGAUAUGCCCGGCCUUAAAUUUGAGCCGAUGAAAGAUAAAAAAGACAAGGAAAAGAAAGAGAAAUCAGAUACUCCGAAGAAGAAGAAGGGAAAUAGUAAGGGAUGGAGACCCAAUCUCAUGCCUAUUACACCAGAAAACAUCGCAAAAGUAGCACGAGAGCCGCUCAAGUUAGCUGUAGAUGGACACUCCCUACCCAGCUUAGUCCAAGUACUCUCCGGAGGCACUCGCUAUCACAUCACCUUCGAAGACUACAACAAGAUGUGUCUCAUCAGACGUGAAAGACAACAACGGUUACAAGAAAACAAGGAAACAAAAAAUCUAAACAUAUCCUUCCCAGAGGAAACAACCGUCAUAACUGAAGUGCAAACAUCCUCAAUGCUGGGCAAUGGUGGGACGGUGUUACAAAAUAUAUCAACAGAUGAUAAAAAAGACUUAUCUGAUCUAAACAUUGGGUCGAAUGCAGCGACAAUAUUAAAAAAUGUCGGCCUCAAAAACAUUACAAUAGCCCCAAUACCAUCUAAAACGGCAACUGUGACGUCACAAACCCCUUCAACUACCAUCACUUCACCCCUGCUAGUGACGACCCCUAUAAAAAUACCACAGCUAGGGCCAGCAGUGUCGAUAACGACAGAAACCAUAACAAACAUCCCCAUAAUGACUCCGAGUCCUUUAGUUUUACCGAAAAUACCCAAAUCGUUGACAGUGAUACCACAAACCGUAUCUAAUCCAGUCGUCACAACGAUGUCAAGUUCCAGCAGUGAACAACGGCCA